CGGGGCAGCUACGGCGGGGACCAUGUUGCGGCGGUAGGAAGGUUCCAAUCUCAAAUUUUAUAUUUGAUAAUUGAAUUAAUUAAGGAGAAGGGUCGCCGAGAAUUUGCUGUCCGACGCCGACGACAUUCCAAUUGAGAUCGCAAAAGGUUCAUUAAGCAGUGCUUUCUCAAUCAACCGCUACUUUAGUUUUGCUUGGAUGUUGAGCACCCAUGUUUCUUCUUUUGGCAAGUGAAGACAGGUCCUCUCAUAUCUGAGAUUGCAAGCCAUUCAAGCUGAGUCAUAUUUUUCACCUCUCCUGCUGGCUUGACGUUAUGAUUAGUUUUGUGACCAAAGGGUCAUACCAAUUUGGGUGUCAUGAAAAUAUGCAACCUUGGCUUUUGUGAAGAAGUUGUUCCUCAUGGGUGUGAGGUGCUUGUCAAUCUCAGCAGUUUGCACAUUGUUAAGCUUCAUUGGCCUCCAGUACUGGACAGAACUGUCACUUCAGAAGUUAACAUCAUAUGGGUCAAUUGGCAUGGAUUUCUUCAGACCUGGGAAUGCCUUUCGGCAGCUCUCUAGUUCUCAAGUGACAAUUGCAUUGUUGGCUAACCUUGCACUAAAUAUAUUUGUUCUGCUCAUUCUGGGUCUCAAGACCAUAUUCUUUACUGAGUUACACGCUUCAGAAACCUGGAAGCUGGUGGAGCGACUUGUUAACUAUGUUAUUUACAAGGGAACAUUUCUUCCCUUGAUUGUCCCUCCUACUAUAUUUCAAGUAUGUCUAUGGUCCACAUGGCUGAUUAUCCUCUGUUCAUUAAAGAUGUUUCAAGCUUUGGCUAGAGAUCGACUAGAACAGUUGAAUGCAUCUCCUUCUGCAACUCCAUGGACGUAUUUUCGUGUAUAUUCUGCAUUGUUGUUUGUCAUAUCUAGUGACUUGCUCUGGAUAAAGAUGUGUCUGCUGAUGCACAGAACAUUAGAAUCGCAUGUGUUUCUGUUGUUAUUCUUCGAGCCUCUUAGUAUUGCUUUUGAGACCUUACAGGCUAUUGUAGUGCAUGGUUUUCAGUUGCUUGAUAUAUGGCUUCUUCACUCGGCAGGGAACAGCUCCAACUGCCAUAUGUCUAAACUCUUUGAUGUAUCUGCUUCAGGUUCCUUGUGGGAAUGGAAAUGCAUUCUUAGCCGGAACUUGGGUUUUUUUCUGGAUAUGAUGACAUUGUUGAUGGCGCUUGGUCAUUAUGUGCAUAUUUGGUGGCUUCAUGGCAUGGCGUUUGAUCUUGUGGAUGCAGUUCUUUUCCUCAAUAUACGCGCCUUGUUAGGUGCAAUUAUAAAACAUAUGAAAGGAUUUAUUAGAUUGAGGAUAGCUUUAGGUGCCCUUCAUGGGGCACUUCCUGAUGCAACAUCUGAAGAGAUACGAGCAUACAAUGAUGAUUGUGCUAUCUGUAGGGAACCAAUGGCAAAAGCUAAGAGACUAUCUUGUAAUCAUCUUUUCCAUCUAGCAUGUUUAAGAUCUUGGAUGGAUCAAGGUUUAAAUGGGAAUUAUUCAUGUCCUACUUGCCGAAAACCACUUCAUUUGGGCAGAUCUGAAGAUGAAGCAAAUCCCCGCACAGUACAUGUUUCAACCAAUGAGCAACUUGCCCUUCAAUUAAGUUCUGUCCUUGACCCACAUAAUCCUCCCGGUCAUACUGUUCCCACACAAUUUUUCCCCAAUCAGAUGCGUGAUGCUAUAGAGACUGGUGCUCGGAGGAGGAGAGGACUGGAUUCAACUAGGUUACGUAGUUGGACUGGUCAAGGUCUAGAUGUAGCCGAUCCAUCUACUGGUAGCAGACCGGUUGGACUGGGGAGAGUUCAAAUGAUGAUGAGACUUCUUGCAGCAGUUGGAGAAACCUAUGACCAAACUACCCUUGAAGAUGGUGCUUGGAGCCUUUGGCCAAUAGAUCCAUCUCAGCCUGGUACAUCCAAUUCACCUGUUGCUGCCGGUUCUGCAAGAUACCCUGGAAAUGUAGGUGGUUUACACAUGACAGCUGCCUCAGAAGCUGAAAAUGAUAAUAUAUCAAAUAUACUUGCCAUGGCUGGAACGGUGCGGGAGGUACUUCCACACAUUCCUGAUGAACUAAUUUUCCAGGAUUUGCAGCGUACAAAUUCUGUCACAGUUACUGUGAACAAUUUGCUCCAGAUGUGAUUACCAAUGACUAUUUUUUUUGUCGUGGUCCAUGACCCAAAGCACUCAAAGUGGAGGAUGGCCUAAGAUUUUGAAGGCUCUGGAGACAUACUGCUAGUGGUUUGUAAACCUCCACCUUGCUGUCUGAUGAAUGUCCACAAGCUUUAAUUUUCAUGUCUGUAUAUAAAGGCAAACCAUACACCGGAAGAGAAAUAACUGUAUAAAUAUACCUUGUCUUUAUUAUUAUUAUGUGUUUUAUGGGAUUUUUUGAGGGGGUUGAAUAACAUGCUGUAAACGUAAGCAUAACCAAAUUUCUAUUAAAGUGGUUCACAACUUGUAAAAUAUGAAUGUUGUAGACAAUGGGAUAAUGGUACAUCAUCUUGGUCUUUUUUAUCUUGU